CUCCCAUCAAGCAUUGCGACCAUGACCAAGCUCACAUAUCAGGAAUGACGCCCAGGAGGAAUAUAGAAAUAAUAACCCAAGCAGCCUCGGAAUAAACCAGCACCAGCCGCCAUUCAUGUGGCUUCCAUAACGCAGACAGACUGUGAGAUCCUCAAGUAACCCUCUCUCAUCGAUCUCUAUUUUGACUUGGAGCUGUGAAUCUGUCUGAAUCCACAGAAUGUCUCAUCGGAUUAAUGACGUCAUGAAGCUCUGUUGUGAGUUAUCUGCCAAUCAGCAGAUCAAGACCACAGUGAAGGGCUCGGGGAAGGGCGCCGCGGCGGCCGGGGGGCUGGCCUUCGCUGGGGGGCUGGUCGGAGGUCCCCUUGGGAUUGCAGUGGGUGGCGCUGUUGGGGGCCUCCUGGGCUGCUGGCUGACCAGCGGGCAGUUCAAACCUCUGCCUCAGAUCAUCAUGGAGCUUCCUCCCCAGCAGCAGCAGAAGCUUUAUGACGACAUCAUGGCCGUCCUGGGCGACAUCCAGUGGACAGACGUGGCCCAGCUGACUGCGCUGGUGAUGGGAAACGUGACGCUGAAGCAGCAGCUCACAGCCGCCCUGCUCGGCUACAUCACCAAGGAGCUCCAGGCAGAGGUGCACUAUGUGGAUUAGUCCCUCCUGACAAUUCAGGAUAUGUUGCUCAGAGGACCAAGUCCCCGGGAGCACGGUGUUUUUGCAAAGAACAAGAGAUGUUUUUUGUGAAGGUACGGCCAUUAUAUGAUGGAUUAACACACAUUGCUGUGCUUGUAUUCAAGAGGAUUUAUGGAUUAUGGAGCAGAGACUUUUGAUUAAAUGUGAAAACACGUAUUUCAAAAGUGAACAGACACAUCACAGUCCUGGUAACAGGUAAUACUGUUGUGGAUUAAUUUACUAUUUCAAAUGGCUGUGCAACUGGAUUAAUUUAUUGAGAGAGGUGUAAUUUAUCGACUGGAUGAAUUAUUUAUGUCCUUAAUGGCACUGAUAACCAGGUGUCUGGCUUUGAAAGUUACUACUGUGAAUGAAGGUCUAGUGUGUGGUAUUCAAGGCAGCUACCAUGUAGCACUGUUUUUAAUGGAUACAAUUUACAAUCCUACUUAAAUACCAAUGCUAAUGUACUGAGUCAGUGCCAAGUGUAAAGGCCAAUCUUGAUGUUGGUUGCUGAUCAAGGAGUAGUUUAUCUGCCAAUAUUAGGAUUUACCAGCAUCUGUGUCAAUCCUCUCUUUAUUCCAAAGCUUGAAAUUGUGUUUCGAUAUUAAAAAUGUUAAGUAAAUGUUUGACCUUGUCUGAUGUCUGUUUAAUUAAUGUUAUGAAUUGUUUUGUUAAGUACUAGAGUUUUGU